UUUCUUCCCAUUGGCGUAUUCAAACUACGGUUUUAGAGCUGAGAAUGGCAGUCGAUACAACAUACUAUGAUUUGUUGGGUAUCAAACCCGAAGCAACUGCGUUAGAAAUCAAGAAAGCUUAUAGAAAAGCAGCCAUUAAAUUACAUCCUGAUAAGAAUCCAAAUGACGUUAAUGCAGCAGCUAAGUUUCAAGAAGUUGGUGAAGCUUACCAAGUUUUAAGUGAUGAGAAAUUACGUGCUAAAUACGACAAGUUUGGUAAGCAAGAAUCAGUUCCAUCCGAAGGUUUUGAAGAUCCUUCGGAAUUCUUUUCACAAAUUUUCGGGGGUGAAGCAUUCAAGGAUUGGAUUGGUGAAUUAUCUUUGAUCCAAGAGUUGUCAAAGUCAGCCGAGUUAUCUGGAUAUACUGAUGAAGCAAAAGCGGAAGAAGCAUCGAAAUCUGAUGAAGAGAAACCAGAAGAAAAGAAGACUGAAGGAACCGAAACGGUCAAUUCUGAACCUAAGACACAAGAUUCUGAAGAAAUAUCUGAUUUGAGUAACAAAACAGGGAAACUUUACUUGGAGCACUCCGGUAGUUCAAAUACUCAAACUAAUGGAGAGGUCAGUACUCAGGAACCAAAGAAGGAAUUGACCGAAAAGGAAAAAGAAGAAUUGAAACGCAAAGAAGAAUUGGAAAAAUUCGAAGAAGAAUGUAGAUUGAAAAAAAUUGAAAUGAGAGAAGAAUUACUGAAAAAAUUGAUUCAAAAAUUAUCUUUGUAUACAGAAACGGAUAUGAAAGAAGAUGUUGCUAAUUCAUUUAAGGAAAAAUUACGAUACGAAGCCGAAUCUUUAAAGAUGGAAAGUUUUGGUUUGGAAAUUUUACACACCAUUGGAAGUAUCUAUAAAACCAAAUCAAAAAUUUUCUUAAAAAAUCAAACCUUCUUAGGUUUUGGUGGUCUUUGGUGGUCGGUGAAGGAGAAAGGUGGUGUUAUUAGAGAUACUUUCAAAACUGUUACCUCUGCCCUUGAUGCUCAGCUGACCAUGCAAGAAUAUACCAAGAUGCAAGAAGAUAAUGAAUAUCAUGCUAAAAAGGAAGCUGAAACUGAAGCGAAAAAGAACGCUAGUGAAGUUGAUCAAUUGAAAGAACAAAUUGAAGAAUUGAAAAGACAACAACAAGAAUCUGCUGAUCCUUCUAAAUCAAAGGAAAAGGAAAAAAUUCCUGAAAAACAUACUGCUGAAGAUUUAGCAGAAAUGGAACAAUAUUUGAUGGGUAAGGUUUUAGCAGCAGCUUGGUCUGGUUCAAAAUUCGAAAUUCAAGGUACCGUCCGUGGUGUGUGUGAUAAUAUAUUAAGUGAUAAAGAUGUCCCUAUAGAGAAAAGAGUGGCCCGUGCAAAUGGGUUGAAAUUGAUAGGUGAAGUUUUUGCUUCAACCACAAGAACCGAAGAUGAGGCUGAAGAAGCUAGAGUUUUUGAAGAAUUGGUUGCACAAGCCUCUAAAAAGAGACUGAAAAAGAAGCCUGCUGAUAAUGAAGAAUCAAAAAAUCAUUCUGCUAAAGCUCCUUCCGCUUAAUCCUUUCAUAUUUAAUGUUCAUUUACGCAUAUCUCCUCUAAUUCUUUUACAUACUUCUUUUCUAAAUUCUUUUUUUUACCACAGU